UCAAAUGCGGGUCAUCAAAGGUCAAUCCAAAAUGGAAGACGAGAUGGGAAGAUCCCAAUUUUCAAUGUUUACUUCAUUGAAAUAUCCAUCUGUAUCGUUCACUUUGUCCUAAAAACGAUGUUAUCUAAUAUAGACUGGAAGUGGCCUACACUAGGUGUGUUCCUGUUUCUAGUCUCCUUUGGUAAUCUUGGUUUGUUGUUGAUUGUUUACUUCCUGUGUAUACUAGUGGGAGCUUUGGUGAUUGCAGUAUAUCAUGGAAGACAGAUUUCCUUGCAGACCCAGAAAACAGACUUUCCAGAGUUACAGAAACCACAGCUAGGUGUCAUGAAGAUUAUGAAAACCAUGGAAAACAUAACAAAGAUAAAGAACUUUGACAAAAGAAUGACAGGAGCAAGUGUUAUAGAUGAGGUGCUACAAGAGGUAUUGAAACAUGCUUUUAGAGAUUACAUCAAAGCCUGGUAUAGACAAAUUAGUGACCAUGAUGGUUUCUUGUUGGAUAUCAGACAGACUGUACAAAAAGUGGCAAUAACAUUUGCUACAAGAUCAAAAGAAGUGGAUUGGAUGCCCUACUUCACACAACGAUUAGUUGAUGAUUUUGCUUCACAUAUCAAAUUAUACAGACGAGCAACAGAUAGAGUCAAUAUGUCUCCUAAGGAGGAUGGUUAUGAAGAACAUGUGGUAUCUGAAUUCUUUGACCUUGAACUUGAAAUGGAGAAAAACAUGUGUAGAGAUGUUGUGUGCUUAGAUCCAGAUUCUGAAAGACAGUAUUUACAAGAUUUAAGUGAAGUUUUACUAUUUUUACUUUUACCACAAGAAGAUUUUCAUAAUAAAUCUUUUCGUUAUAUAUUGAGGGAAGUUUUAGUAAAUGGAAUAUUUUUACCCACAAUAGAUUUAAUGUCCGAUCCAGAUUAUGUCAAUCAAAAUAUAGCUUGGUUUUGUACAGAAAGAACAUUAACGAAUGAAACUUUUUUACAAGUUGCCAAAAGUUCUAUAGAUAUUGAUGAAUUAGAAGCAGUGAAAGAAAUUGUAGAACAAAAUAUACAUAAAUGGAGAUCUAAAGACAGUGGAGGGAUCGAUGAUGCUGUAAUUAAACAGAAUUUAAACAGUUUAGUAUUUGUUAAGACUAUAUGUGAAGGAAGAAUUAAAAGAUUGAUUGAUGGAGUAGAUGAUAAUAUUGAUAUUUCUGAUAUUUGCAGAGCAAAGAAUAUAUUUAUAUUAAGUUUAGACGAAAUUAUAGAAAAUAAUAUAGCAUUAGCAGUUUUUAUAGAAUUUAUGACGAGUGUUGGGGGCCAAAUGUAUUUAUUUUUUUAUUUAAAUGUCGAGGGUUUUCGUGCAGCUGCUGAGCAGCAGAUUAGAGCAGCACAACAAAGAGCAAUGGGAGGGGAGGCAACUGAAGUUGACUUAGAGUCUUUACGAAGAGCAGCGUUAAUUAUCCAUGAUCAGUAUUUAUCUGAAAAGGCCUCAUCUAGAAUUAAAAUUGACAGUGAAAUAGUAAAGAGAACUUUGCAACGAAUUAAGAGUAAAUUUCUAUCAGAAAGUGUGUUUGAUGAAGUUGCAGCUAAAGUGUAUCAAAUACUACACACAGAACAGUAUUAUGAGAAGUUUCUACAAAGUAACGUAUACACAAAGUUAAUGGAAGAUUUGGGUCUGGGAAAGGAGGAUCGUUUAGAGGAGGGGGAUAAUAUCAGUAUUGAUGAUAAUAUUUCAAUGCAGUCGGGGUCAUCACUUGGCAUCACAAAGUCCCUGAAUGAAGAUUUAGCUAAUGAUUCUUCAGAUGAAAUCCCUGCACCAGCAUUGAAAUCAAACAUGACUCAAUCUGAUGAUGAAGAGUUCAUAUCUGCCUUCAUCUCACAAACAGGUAUCGUAAAAGAAGCAGAGAAAUCAGGAAAGUCGUAUGCUGUGUUUGCUGUCAGAGUAACAAAGAAAGUAAAUGGGGAAGAUGAUAUUCAGGAAAUAUAUCGCAGAUAUAGCGAUUUCCAUGAUCUCAAUAUGUUAGUACAAGAAAAAUUUCCAGAUUUGACUGGGCUUGGUUUUCCUGGUAAAACCAUGUUGAAGAACAUGAACCAAGAAUUCUUGGAGAAGAGGAGAAAAUCUUUAGAUAAUUAUUUACAGAAUUUACUAAAUCCUCAGCUUUGGGAUGAAAACAAAGGAUUAAAAGAUUUAUUGAUGAAAUUUUUAGCACAAGGAUUAUGGGAAAAACAUAAAAGUGACUUAGCUAGAAAGAUGGACACUAUAGUAAACCCUCUCAGGACUGCAGGGAGAGCCAUGGCACCAGAUCAUAUUGUUGAUGGACUGGGAAAGAAAUUCAGGAGUGAUUCUUUGGGAGACAGAGAGAAAUUAGAAAGUGGAAAAGUUGCAGCAAGUAUAGACCAGGCCGCAGGAGAAAACAUACCUUUAAGAAUUAUGUUACUGUUAAUGGAUGAAGUCUUUGAUCUUCAACAUAAAAAUCAGUGGUUACGUCGGAGAAUUAUUCCUAUAUUACGCCAGUUGUUAAAAGCCACAUAUGGCGAUACUAUUAACAGGAAAAUUGUGGAUCAUGUAGACUUGAUGACAUCUGCUGAACAAAUGGCAGAAUACCUCAAAAAAUUAAGAGAUGCUUUCUGGCCUGAUGGUGUCCUGGCAGAGCCAAGAACAGAGAGGGAUCACAAUACCAAAAUGAGGACACGUAUUGUGUGUAAAGCCAAAAUGUUAGGCAGUGUCUCUGAUGAUAUGAAGACAUUAAUGGGACAUGAGGUAAUAAGGAAGGGUGUGACUAGAGUUUUUGAUAUGUUUCAGCAUAGACAAUUAAAUAGAAGACUUGUGUAUGUGUUCCUCGAAGGUGUUAUAAUUACACUUUUUCCACACAACAAAUUUUCAGACCUAUUUUGUAAGUUACAUUCCAGAUCAUCACGAUUAAAAGCCAAGGAAGAAAUGGCAAAAUCUGCCUCAAUGAAAGACUCAAGUAUUCGUAAGAGGACAACAAAACGGUGAUACAGGGCUGUGAUAGUUGUAGUAAUUUGUUGAUAUGAGAUUUAUUUAUUUAUUGCACAUUUUUAUGUAAUAUUUUAAACCAUAUAUCUGUAUCAUAGUUUUGAACUUAUGGUGAAUUUAGAAAUGCAAACAGAAAGUAAAAGAUAUCUAUGAAAGGAAUAAUUUAAAAUCCUUGUAUGCUCAUAAAAAGUUUUGCUUUUUAGAAGUACAAGUAUUUUUGUUUGUUAUGACAGUAAUUUUAUACACUCCCAGUGAUAUACAUCUUCAAUUGUGUCGUAACUGCAAUCACAAGUCAUAGCUGUUGACAUUUCAAAUUACCAUUGUUUGUGUUGUUUUUUGUCCUUGGGUUGCUGUCUCAUGGAUAAAAAGAAAAUCCUUGAUCUAUUCAUACAUAUUGGUAUCAAAAAUUUCAUUUUCUUGCACAUCUUUAAUAAUUUUUCAUUAAAGCAUACGCUGCUAUUAGUGUCAUUUACAUGUAUCAGUUGUUAUUAAAAAAGUACACACACAGGACAUAAUCAUUUAUUAAAUUUUACAAGUAAGAUAUAAACUGGGAUGAACCAAUAGGUUUCUUCUAUUUGCCAAUUGAAAUGUAGGCUUCAUUAUUUAUAGUUCAAAACCAUGAUAAAGAAUUGGAAUAUUUAUUUUUAGACCAUUUUACAUCACUUUAUUAAUUUGUUUACCAUUUUAGGGGAAGUGUGUUGUGUAUAUUAUAAAACAUGUAUAUUGAUGAAUAAUGAGUUGUGUACUUUUAAUUGGAAUCAAGUUUAAUUUUGCAUGAAACGUUUGUGACAUUGAUCUAUUUUAUCUGCAUAUUUCAAAUUUUUGAAAAUUUUCCAAGUAUAAUUCUUUUUCGGUUUAAAUGCCAGCCUUAGUGUAUUACCGAAUAAGCUAUAAUUGGUACCAUACAAUGAAUAUUUAGAAUACUCAUGCUGGUUUAAAGAAAUCAGUUGUCAGAGGCCUACACCAUAAACACUGUUUUAAUGUGAAUUAAUCAAAUAUUGAAUUAUAAACCUUUGUAAUAACCUUUAGCUUGAAUGUUGUCAUUUGUUUGACGUCAUGUUUAGCCAUGUUUAUGAGCCAAAAGCAUUUGUGAAUUUUUCUCUGAAUUUAAUUUUAUUUUCAAUUUUUAGAUAUUCUUCAAGUUUAAAUGUAUCAUUCCAUUUUGUAAUGCAUUAGAAUUGGAGUAACAGUAUUGUAGUUGAAGAAUUGCCAUCAUCAAUUGAGUUUGAUAGUAGCAAAUAUUAAUUUUAUUCGCUCUGCCAUGCAUUUGCUAGUAAAACUGCAUUUUCCACCAUCAAAACGCAUUAAUGGCAACUCUUCAACUACAAUACUGUAAUUCCUUAAUUGUAUAAUGUUAAGCUAGAGAUCACAUUAGAGUUUGAUGUUUUGAUUACCAUUUUUGACCAGGUUUUGUCCAUUCACCUCAGAAAAUAUCAUGAAGAUAAAAGUCCUAUUCUUCCUUCUCAUUCAUCCUAGCCUUUCAUACAAUAAAGGCUCUUUGGUUACUAUUUGAUGUCACUACAGUAUCUCUGUUAUAUAAAUCAGAUAGUGAGUCCAUACAUACUAAUCAUGCACUAUGAAGUAAUUCAGUAUUAACAUUAUUGUACAAACAUUCAACUCAUUUGAAAAGAAUUUCACUUUUUUUAUAACAUGGGUAAUACGUUAAUUGAGUAUGAUUUUUUUGUUACAUUGCAAUCAUGUUUAAAAUUUGUCAGAAUUUGUAUAAAGGUUUGGAUUAGGUCCAAAUAGACACUAGAUUGUUAUGACUGUAUAAAUGAUGCUAUGCUUUUGAAGGAUGCAAAAGAAAAACUGAUUGUUAUAUUGAUUUCUAAUCUCUACCAAAUUCUGAAUAGCUGAUUUUCAUAGAUGGUUUAAUUUUUUCAAUAGAAAAUGAUUAUACAUUUUUUUAUUAAAAAUUACAGAAAAGCAGUUAAGUCUGUCCAGUUGUUUUUGUGAGACAAGCAUUUAAAGUAUUGAUUUUUUUUUGGCAGGAAAAUAUAUGUAGAAAUGACAAAAAUUGAAAAGAUUUUUUUUAUCAGAUUUAGUAUUUAAAAAGUGAUUUGAAAUAAAGGGAUCGCUGGGCAUUUAUUUUAAAUAUUUGAGGGGUACAUGUUCUUAAGGGAAUGUUGUAAAUGUGCGUAGCAAACAUCCUUCAAAAGAAUAGUUUAAAUGUUUUUGAUUUAGUAGGCUAGUCUUGUAUUUCCCUUUUUCAAAAUGAAAUUUACGAACGGACAGACAGACAAACGGACAGACAAACGGACCCUCAGACCAGAAAACAUAAGGUGGGGCAUAAAAUUAUAUAAAUUAUUUUACCUCAAAGUUAACACUGAAAAUUAGAUUGAAUGUAUCUGUUAAUGGUAUCAUAAGGAGUUCUGAACUGGAUGUAUGUUCAUAUUAUUUCAGAAUACUUCGGAUUUCUGUUUUCCCUUGGUAUGUAUUUUAACAUGUUAACAGGGUUAACCACUGUUGUCUUUUAUUCAUUCUUAUGAUAAUCAUUAUCCACUUUGUUUUCCAUAUUAUAAUGCAAUCAUUGUAAUUUUGAAGGGAAAUGUCUGCAAUAUAUAGAAAGCAAACUAGUCACCCCAGUGUUAAAAAUGACAUUCUUACUCACCAGACAAUUUUACUCUGAUUUGUCACUAGAAAAGCUGAUUUUAUUUCUCUUUUUACAGUUUUAAAUGACAUUUAUACAUAUACUACAUGCACACAAUGUUUGAAUUUUUUACCUGCUACAUAUUUUAUAUUGUUUUAUAUUGAAGAAUCAAAACAUUUACGAUCCUUGUCCUCUAUAACAUGAUACAAAAUUGCUAACCUAAUUUUUGAAUAUUUAAAGAUGGUUUCUAUUGAAAUAACAGUAUUGAUCAAUUAAAGGGUAGUGCUCAGCUUUGAUUGGCUAUAUCUUGAUCCAUACAUAUGAUAUAUCAAAUGAAAUCCAAACAGUUUUGGAAAUGCACUUUCACAUAAAAAAAAAUAAUUAUAAAAUCUUAAUAGAGGAUCUUUAUCUAUCAAUUUAUAUAAAAGACCAGUGGAUUGGUUUAAUUCUGAGAUGAAUUCUUAGGAAUUUCAUUUAUACAUUUUUGUUCACCAAAUUCUGAUGAUAAGAGGGAUCUAAAAUUUCUGUAUUUAUAAUCAAUGUUGGAAAACUAACUUGACAUGUGCAAUACUGUGUAUUAUUGUCAGAUUUUGAAGUAAAACUAUGUGUUAUAUUUUGUAAUUGAACCAGUAAACAUGGAUGUUUAUAGCUAGAUUGAAUUGUGUUGAACAUUUAAUAGCAGAAAAAAGGUGUAUCUUGCCAAUUCUAUUUCUUCACUCAAAUUGGUAAAAAAAAAAAAAAAAAAUUUUAUUACUGUGGAAUCAUUAUUAUUCAAUGGAUACCAAUUUUCUUAGAAUUUGUGGGUACAGGUGAACCAUGAUUUCAAAUAUUUAAUGAAUAACAUAUUUUCAAUAGGAUUUGCAAUACCAUGAAAUCAAAUAUCCACGAAUAUGCUAGUUUUCAGCCAUCCAGGAAAUAUUGAUACCCAUGAAAAUAUAUAAAGUGCAUUUUUAUCUGGCUAUAUACAUUUAUGUUAUAGGUCAGUCAAUUGGCAUUCAGUCUUGUAGGAUUAUUAAUUGUAGAAUGUGACAUUUAAAAUAGGCUUAAUGCAGCCAUGUACUAAGUCAGUCAAUUUGCAUUCCGUCUUGUUAAAUUAUAUGUUGACAAAUAAAAUUAAAUUGCCAAAUGUUU